UUAGUCUGCUCGCUCCAGACCUCUUCGUCAUCAUCCUCGUCCUCCUCCACUCCAUAGACCGCUACUACAAGCUCCCUGAUCCACGGAAUCCGAUACGGGCUACGUCUCGCGCAGUUCGUCGCGCCGCGCCAGAAGAAGACGCACCAAGGCCUCCGCAGGUGGUCAAAACGCCAUGCCCGCCGUGCAAGAGGACCCGCAGCAACAAGCCCAGAUGCAGGCGCAGGUGCAGGAACAGCAGCGACAGCAAGCACUGCAGACGAUGCAGCCGUUUGACUGGAUCGGACCGGACUCGACCAGCAUGAACGGGCCCGUCACCAAGGCGCGCGCAGAACGCGGCGAGAUUCCUCCGCGCCAGGGAAACCCGAACCAGGCUCUGGCCACGGGCGUGGGCGAGACCAAAGGUAGCAGUCUGGAUGACCAAGACGGGCUCAAGUUGAAACUGGAGCUGAAUCUCGACGUCGAAUUGGAAAUCAAGGCUAGCAUACGCGGUGAUUUGACUCUGGCUCUCUUAACCUAAGAGUUCCCCGGGUACAUAUAAUAAAGGCGUCACGGGGCGUAGGUCUUGAGAGCUGUGAACCGCCACUUCCACGCCGUCUAUUGAUAAUAAAUUGCUUCUGUUCUUUGUUAUUUCUAAAUCCGACUUUUCUGGUA